UUUCCAGAUUCAAGAAAACUCUUCGGAGGAUAUAGAAUAACACCAUCACACUGCAAAGCAUCAAGAGCCGCCAAGUACAACAGAGGCAAUAAAAUAUGCAUGUUCAACCACGAAUGCGUGCAACGAGGAGGCGAAGUGGUGGGCACUUGCAUGGACGGCUUCUUAUUUGGGGCUUGCUGCCAACUAAAAUCUGACAGCCAAUCCCACAUCCCCAAAGGCCCAGGCGUGGUCAUGACCAGCUACUUAGAUUAUCCAGAUGCAGAAACCGAAACAGACGAUUAUGACUCCGAUCAGCUCAGCGCACUUCACAACAGCUUCAGACCCGUCGUGACCCCAGGAUAUAGACCUGGAUUCAGCAGCCAAGUGACGAUCACACCAGAUGUUAAGACAACCGAAGCUAUGCAGCAAGAGAUGAUCUCUGAAGGCUUUAAUCAGAUCACGAACUCACUUCUGCAUUCGCCUCCUAAGGAUAAUAGUAUUUUUGGAAAACCAGUCAAACCUGAAGACAUAUACAGCCACAGUUCAAUAGACCAUAGCGUAGCUGAAACGAUACUCUUGAACGAGAACGGUUCGGUUGCUGAAAAUGUCGUCAGACCUUCAGAUUUUAACGUCCAAAUAUCGUCAAUGCAAACCAAACCAACUGUGAGCCCUAUAUCUUCAACGCCGACCUCGACGCCUAAAACUGUGUCCACACAUCAUCCUGUAUAUACCAAACCAGGAUUUAAACCUAAGCCAGGUAAUAAAAAUACCAGUAAAAACCCGUCAACAGAAAACUACGUCAUGGUGUCAACAGUGACGAAAGAAAGCCAGAAGAUUACUGAACUGUCUUCAAUUGACAGCAUAAUUCAAAUGCUGAACGAUAGCACUCCGAGCAUGAAAGAAGAAGCCACAUCUCCAGCAUCAGUAGACUUGGAUAUCAUAGAGAACAAAUCUUCACCUGGCCCUACUGGAACUGUAGCUCCAAUCUCAUACAGCAGUGGUUACCCGAGCUACUAUUCCUCAACAGGACAUUACGUAACUAUAAACCCAACUCCAAACCCCUCGACUUCUUACUCAAAGCCCUCCUUUACCACAAAGAGGCCUUAUACCACACCUAACAGUAUACCACAAGGUGACAAGCCUACUAGCAAACCUUACUACUCAUCCCCUAGUCCUAGUCAAUCAACUAGUCAAGCUAUAGAAGCUUUUAACAGAUAUCCUACCGAUCCGAAUAACUUCAAUUCUUUGACAACGUUUAGCUAUGUAAGUUCUAGCACAACAGUCGCUCCCACCACUACUUCAAGAAGACCACCGUCUACUAGCUACGUCACUGGUGCCAAACCAUUGAGAAGACCUGUCACACCACCGACGAAGAUCGUUCCAGGUUACGACGUAGCUCCAGAUACAUUCUCAAGUGUAACUCCAACAGUAAUUGUCCUAAAUGGCUUCCAAACGUCAAAACCAGAAACAUCAACAGAAGAAAAGGAACCCCAGUUUGUAGAAAUAUCUCAAGAACCCUUUAAGAAACCCGUCAGUCAAAUAACAGUUAAUAACCACAUACAAUCGACCAACAAUAUCUAUAUGGGUAAACCGCCUCAGACAUUCGAAAGACCGGCCUCUCCUACAGUAGUUAUAACUCCAAAACCACCUCCAGUAACCAGUCCAUACCCUCUCAAAGCUUCGACGAAGCCUCCAACAGUAUCAACCAGUCCCUUCCCAGUUUUUGACUCAUACACAGAAUACUACGCACCGACGACCUUCAAGCCUGAACUGCAGACGUCUCCAGACGACCUGAUCAACUUCCCACCGGUUAGAAAUCCUAUGCUGAACGCUACAGGGUCUAACCCAGCCUUAUACAACACUAGCAUCGCAUUAUCCGACAAUUCAGAGGAACUGCUCCACGAUGUUGAAUUCACGACCCCUACAUGGCAAGAAGACGAGAAUCUGAAUGAAAAAAUGAAUCUAUUCGUUAACAAGAUCGUCGGAUCUCUUCAAGGGACCUUCCAGGAACUGCAUGACAUUGUAAUAUUGGACAAAAAGCCAAACGCAACUAGGUUUACAACUCCGAAGCCGACCAAAAAGACUACGACUUCUAAAAGGCCGUUUUUGACGUCCAAAAAGCCGGUCAGGGUGACUACAACGACGACGAGAAGGCCGACAGUGAAGACGUCUAAGAAGCCGACAAGGCCGACAACUGUGGCUUACAGAAGGACCACUACCACUACACCGCCACCAACUACCACGACCACUAAGAAACCGGUCACCACCACAUCCAAGAGGCCCAAGCCGAGCAAGAGGCCGAUCACCACCACAGCUCCUACCACCGUCACCACCGUCACCACUGAACUGUCAGAUGAGGUCACCACGGAGAGCGUGGUGUAUGAACAAGUGGAUUAUAAUGACAAGAAUUUAUGCGGAGUGCGUCCCCUAGUCAAAACGGGCAGGAUCGUCGGCGGCAAGAACGCCAAGUUUGGGGAGUGGCCUUGGCAAGUGCUGGUCCGAGAGUCGACAUGGCUGGGCCUGUUCACCAAGAACAAGUGUGGUGGCGUGCUCAUCACCAGUCGGUUUGUGACCACCGCUGCUCAUUGUCAGCCUGGCUUCCUGGCAUCCUUAGUAGCGGUCUUCGGGGAAAACGACAUAGCCAGCGACAAGGAGGCACGACGACCGGUGUCGCGGAACGUGCGUCGUGUGAUCGUGCAUCGGCAGUACGACGCCGCGACGUUUGAGAAUGACCUGGCGUUGUUGGAACUGGAGUCGCCUAUCAAGUUCGAUGCUCAUAUCGUACCAAUCUGCAUGCCUCCAGACGAGUCUGACUUCACUGGUCGCAUGGCCACCGUGACUGGCUGGGGCCGCUUGAAGUAUGGUGGCGGGGUGCCGGCAGUACUACAGGAAGUACAGGUGCCGGUGAUAGAGAACAGCGCGUGCCAGGAGAUGUUCCAGACGGCUGGCCACGCGAAGAAGAUCCUCAACUCCUUCAUUUGUGCGGGAUACGCGAACGGGCAGAAGGACUCGUGUGAAGGCGACAGCGGUGGACCCUUAGUACUGCAAAGAGAAGACGGCAGAUGGCAGCUGGUAGGCACCGUCUCCCACGGCAUCAAGUGCGCGGCGCCCUUCCUUCCUGGAGUGUAUAUGAGGACUACAUUCUACAAACCCUGGCUGAAGAGCAUCACGGGAGUACACUGAGGGUUGGUUUAGUGGUUGAGGUUACCAGAAUCGUGCUUGGACUACAAUCAUCAGGUAUACAUAGAAGAUUGAUGAGAGUUUUUCGAUUGAUUUAGCCAGAAUUU